CUGAACUUGAUCCUCCCAACAUCAGUAUGAAGCUGUUGUUAGUGACCUUGGUGGUGGGGAUCCUGGCUGUGACCAGUCUCGCCAAGCCAGAUGGGCAUGGAAGUGGCGGCGGUAGCGGAGGAGGGUAUAGUGGUGGUGGUGGUGGUGGCCAUGGAGGUGGUGGUGGAAGCGGUUAUAGUGGUGGUGGAGGCGGAUAUAGUGGUGGCGGAAGAGGUAAAAGUGAUGGCGGUGGCGGUUAUCGUGGCUCAGUCGGCGGUGGUGGCGGUUAUGGUGGCUCCAAAAGUGGCAGCGGUGGGUAUGGUAGCUCCAGCGGUGGUGGCGGAGGGUAUGGUGGUUCCAGUAGCAGCGGUGGUGGGUAUGGCAGCUACAGCGGCGGUGGUGGUGGGUAUGGUGGCUCAAGCGGCGGCGGUAGCGGUGGUUAUGGGGGUUCAAGUAGCGGCGGUGGCUACGGCAGUGGCGGCUCCGGAGGUGGCGGUUAUAAUGGUGGCGGUGGAGGUUAUGGAAAAUAAAUGUAAACAUAAAGAAAUGAGACACACCAGUACUAAGUUUCAUGAAUUCUUCUUCGUCAGUUUGUGUCUCGUGAUUCUUGUGUAGUAAUAAUAAAACUUAAACGACUGUGAAAAUAACUUUGAUUGACACCAACUUCACUCUCCUGACAUCGUUUACCAAGAGUAAUGCAAAAGCAAAUAAACUGUAGAAUUUGAUGGUUAAUUUUACUGGCAGGUAAAUUAAAGUUAGUUUUCAUAUUGCUAACAUUCUGUCUAAUAUAUAUUUGGAAUAUUUUAUCAAUCUAGUUUUCCACUGUU